GCCAUACAAACAUGGCGGCUUUCAUCCGAUCCUGGAAUCGACAGGGCGAUUCCUAAUGUUUUCUUGAUAGUGCAUGUUUACCUUUUGCACAUGUAUUGCUAAAGAAGACACCCAUCGUAAACGAUAAGGGGCAUCAUGUCUGAUGACGAGGCUAAGAAAACUGUGGCUAAAGACAAGAACAUGCACAAAUGUAAUUUGUGCACCCUGUCAUAUGCAUCUGAAAGAGAUUUGCGAGAACACUUUUGGUCUCUGAUGCAUCACACAAACAUAGAAUGCAAGAAAAAGAACAGUCAGCACAACUGCACUCUCUGUUUUACUACCUGUGGAAGUAUUGCGGAAUAUCGGAAACAUCUGAGUGGUGAGAAACAUAAGAAGGCUGCAGAAGAAAAUCGUAAUGCUGAGGAUGAAAAGGAGGCAGCAGAGGCAAGGGAAGCUCAACAUAAAAAAUCUGUGGCAAGGGUGCCAGAUAAGCACAGUAACAUGAAGGACAGGCAAACUUUGUCUGGUGAUGACGAUCAAGAACAGGAGGAACAGAGUGAAGGGUUCAGGAGAGACCCUAUUUUCUACAAGAGGAAGAAAAAAGCCCAGUCCGAAAAACAACAAAAAGACAUUAACCAGCAACAUUCAAGAUGGGAUCAGCCUGACCCUUACAAUGAUGGAGACUAUGAUAGAUAUGGCAACCCAUGGGACCAAGGCUACAACUACCGCUUCAACAAUAUGUGCCACAAUGACUAUUACCAAAAUGGCUAUCAUAGUGGAUAUGGCCAUCAAGAUUUUCAAAAUCGAUAUGGCAACGGCUAUGGUUGGUUUCCCCCAAGAGGCGGUUUUGUUGGCUUUAAUGGGCCCCCAAGAGGGGCGGUGCAAGGACCAAGAUAUGUGGACUUUGAUAGUCAUGAGAAUGUGAGAAUGGAUGAUGAUAUGGACAUGGAGGGGGAAAGUGGGGAGGAGGAAGGUGUGAGUGUGCAUAAUAAGGAGUUUCCUUCCUAUCAAGGCCAGUACUGGAACGAUUAUCAGCCUAAUGGGCAUCCACCUCCACCGUGGCAUGGUUCAUGGAAUAACAGUAGUCAGAGAGGCAGUGUUGGGGAAGUGGAGUUUGAACAGAACAAUGAAGAAAGGGCAGUUGGGACAAAGAGUAAGAAAAAGAAGAAAGGAAAGUGGAAGGGAAAGACAAAGACACAAGGGGAGAGACACAAAGGAAAGGUUAACCCUACAAAUGGUGAAAGUCCUAAUACUGCAAAUGCAAGGAAACGGUGUCGAAAGUCUGAUCCUGUGAAAACAGACCCCAAAACUUCUCGAUUGGGAGAUGUGAACAGCAUAUGUGCUGAGGCAAAGGCAGUGAUGGAUGGUUUCACAUUCCAGUUUGAUAAAGUGUUUAGUAGUGACCAUGAUGCAGAGACACUUUCUCACUCGGUGAGGUCAACAUCUUCCAACAAGUCCAAGUCUUCAGCAAAAAGCAGGAGUAGCAGUAGUAGCCCCUCGUUAAGACUGAAGAGCCUUAGUGCAAGGAAACUUCAGAAUAGUCGAGUCUCACCAAAGAGUAUUCGUGUGUCCCCUAAAGUAAAUCGGGACAGUAAGGUAGUUAGAAGUGAACUGCAAAGUGAUGACACAAAUGCAGAGUCUGGUGUUUUAGAAAAAGCUGAGAAGCUGUGUAAAGAACUUAGGGAAAAGAGGCAGAAAGCUAAAUCAGACAAAGAGAGGAUAAUGAAGUCCAAGAAAAAUGAAAUGAGGGAUGUGUUGAACAAGCAAAUCAAGACUUUAAGUGAUGCAAAUAAAUCUAGAAUCAAGGGUCAUUUGGCAUCUGUUGAGAAAGACUCUGCUGUGUCUUCUCUUCAGGAAAGUGGUAUUGCAUCGUUCUCAUCUUCGCAGACAUCUGCAGAUCUAACUGCCAGCAGAAGCUCACUUGCUUCCAGUUCACAGACUUUGGUUUCUCAAAGUGAAGAUCAAACCUCAACUCCUAGAAAUGAUAUUGAGAGGAUAAGGCACAGUAUUGAAAACAGUGUCAGAAGAUCUUUGUCAAGCCCAGCAAAACCAACGUCAUCUUCUAGUGAAUCUCCUGUUAACAGCUCAAAAAACAGGAAGCCAUUGAGCAAAGAUUCUUUGUUGAAGAUGGUGAACUCACCGAGGUCCAGAAAUGAGAGGCUGCAUUUAGCGAGAAUGUUGAGAACCCGUGCCAGAACACAGAACAAAUUAGCCCCUUCAAGAUUGAAUGUUCAGCUGAAUGGACUGUAUGACAACUAUGAAUUUGAUGAAGAGGACAUCCCUGCUAUAUCUCUGGAAGACCUGUCACCAGAAGUCAAGCUACAGAUUGCUCAGCUGAUUGAGGAUGAUGUAAAUAUAGACUUAAUUAACAGUGAGCCGGAUACUCCAAGUUCUCCUGGUAUUGAAGCCAAGGUUAACCUCAGCAAGCCGUCCAGCAUCAGCAGAUUAGAGGCUAUGGAAGCAGCAGCUGGUUAUGGAACGAUGGCAAACACGAUUCAAUCAGAUGCUGCAUUGUCCAUUGCCGAUCUGAAUAGCCCACCCCACAGACCUCUGCGUGAAAGUUCCACACACCAGGCUGUUCUGAAUGUUGAGUCACUGGAGACCAUGCAGUUCAGAGAGUCUUCCAUUACUGUGACAUCGAUUGAUGGCAUUCCUCAAUUGCAAGUGUCAGAGCCAACUGUCAGCUCCAACUUUAGUCCACUGACAUUAUCAAGCCCAGUUCCUACAAGUGUGCCCAGUGCUACUUCCUGUGGGGAUGGUGUUCCGAAACACAUGUCAUCGGCUGUUUCCAGUGCUGUGGAUCUGGGCAGAAGAGCUUUACAGAUGAGUGGCCUUGAGGACAGGCUGAGCCUCAGUCACAGUUGUACAUCUGUGGCUACACCAAGUCCACAGAGUUUGGUCCCAAGUGUGAACCCACCUCAAAGUCAGUAUCUGAUGAGUGCAGUGCUGGAGCUCUCCUUGAAGGAGGAAGAGAAACAGAAAGAUAUUGAUGAGCUGGAACGGAAGAUUGAUGUGAUGCGGCAGAUGCUCAGGAGGACUUUGGACCAUCUUGAGAACAGCGAGCAGCGUAGGAAGGAGCUCCUUAAUGAUAACAAGAAGAUCAGGGAGAGAAAACUGAAAGUGUUGAGAGAACUGAUGGGACAUCAAUCAUUAGAAUCUCCUCUGCACACCACUCAGCUUUCCUCUCCACUCCAUGCAGUCUCCGAGAACGUCAUGACUCCAACACGGAGCCACUUGUCAUCCGAAUCCAUGGACAUUGACUUUGUCACAGACUGUGUAUCAUCUACAAGUCAGGCUAAGCCAGACUCUAACGUCAGGAUCGAUCUUCCCCACCCAGAUUUCCUUUCUUCAAGACUCCCAGAUCAUCGAACAGAGGCCCCAUCCCCAGCAGACACAGCUACAAGGCCAGUAUCCAUGUCUACUGUUUCUGCUCCCUCCUCCUCAGUUACUAAGGAGGUUGACACUAACCUUGCACACUCCUCUCAAUCCCGGGACAAGCCCACUAGUUCUCUCUCACUAAGUUGUGUUUCAGUUAAGCAAGAGCAGAACAGCCCGCCACCUGAUAUAACCCCAUGUGUCACAUCCCCCAGUUUGACCGAGACCGGUGGUGGUGAGAGUGCUACAGUUGUUGAUAGUUUUGUGCCUAACUCAUCUGUUACAAAGUCCACCCAACCUGGAACAGUUUUGUUAAAUACCCAACCCUUGUUGGACAGUUUUGAGUCCAGUUCUGAUCCUACUGCUUCUGAAGCUCAUUUGAUCUCCUCAUUUACUUCUGGGAAAGCUGGAACAAAUGUGGAUUUUUCUUCUCUGACUGAUGUAGCGGCGGUCAUCAGACCUACAGUGGAUUCUUCUCACACAAUCAUAAAUAUGACAAAUUGUUAUCACACAUCUACUCCUUGUGCAGAAACUCAAACUGAUACAGAUCGUUUGGCCUCCUUUUCAACCUGGUCUCCACUGGCAGACCGUCUGACCUCAGUAUCAGGGUCUUCCCUCAGGAGAACACAUUCCGUGGAUGCAGUGACAAGUGUCAGUGGUAAAAACACUGCCACUGGAUCAACUCCAAACACACCAAAUUUAUGUGACUCAUCUAAUUCAACUAUCAGGCACAUUUUGGCAAGUCCCCCAGUAGCUGACGUCUGCUCUAAAUCUCCCUUUGAUAAAGAUGCUAAGGACUCAACAAGUUCAGGAUUUGUGUCUGUGGCAUCAGCCCAAAGAAGGAUCUCAGAAUCUGAAAUGUCACCCAGUAAGGAGUCAAUGUCUUUGAUGAGUGUUACCUCUGGCAGAACAAGAACAGUGUCUGAAUCCAGUGAUGGUGAUGCGGGUAAACGGUCACAGUCGGUUCCAAUGACCUAUCUUGGUAGUAUUAGUGGAGGUGUCGAAACAGCUGCAGUUUUAAAAAAGCUUGCAGCAGACUUGGGUAACCUGGGCAGUUUGAACAACAUGUCUUGUGUUAUGCUUGACAGACAAGAUAUUUCUGAUAAAUUUCAAUCUGUAUCAUCGCGAACAAGAAGGAACUCUGAAAAUAGUCAAAAGUCAUCAAACCAAGUUGCAACAGAUUUCCAUUUGAUGGAACUGGACCUGAAAGGUGAUAACAGUGGGAAGGACUCGACUCCUAGAGACGAGUCUGACCAGAAUGGGAGCAUCGUCAGCAACAGCUCCCUGGGGGAGAAGAUCAGGCGGUAUUGUCAGACAGUCAACAGAAGGACGUCCCUGGAAACUAUUGAAGGAGAAGCAUCAGAUGGGGAUCGGACUUUGAGGGAAGAAGACUUUGCAAGACCUGAGAGUCCGGGAUCUGACAACACACCAGGAAGAAUACUUAAACAGUGCUCAGUUGUUUUGCAGAAAUUGGAGCUAGAGAGACAGGCAGCCAAUGGAUUGAAUGAGAAUGAUGAAGUGCAGGAGAUGGCUGAUCAUGAUGUUCUGGUUCAGGAGGUUCAGCAGCAGGAGGUGAUGGUGCAGGACAAGGAACAGCCGCAGGCAGCUCCAAUUGAUGAGGCUACAAAAGUAGAUACAAAUGGGCCACCAUCUCCAGGGAGGAAAAAGAGAAAAACUAAGAAAGAGAGAGAUAUUUUGGCCAACAGAAGGAAAUACUGGUUUGAUUCCAGUUCUGAUAAUAACUCUCAGGAAGAAGAAACUGUGCCCAAGCUGUCAACUCUUAAACAACAGCUUGUAUUUAGUCAGAAAGAUAAUAAUAACUCCGAUCUAGAACAAGGCUCUUUGGAUAACAAUAUUGCUGAUAUCAAGAGGGAGAUUGAACAAUUUGAAGAUCAAGUUCAAGCAGAAGUUCCUCAGAACAAGGUGGAUGUGAUGGGGAAUCCUAAUGAUGACCCACUCUCACUGAGGAUGCAGGCUGAGGAUGCAGGUAAAGCGCCCAAAUCACCAUCACAUGCAGCUAAAGCUGGUUGCCCAUCAAGUGUGGCCUACGCUGGCCCUUCUGACCCUGUCACCUGUCUGCAGGUCUUCAACAACCAUCUGUAUGUGUGCUACCAGGGAAAAGAUAUUCACAGAUAUCACCUUGUGACAGGCGAGAUGGACAUGCAGUACAACUGCAGCUAUCACUCCGUACAGUGCAUGGCUGUGGUCGCCGUACCAGGAAAGGAGGACUGUAUCUAUGCUGGUGGGCUUUCGUUCCAUGUGCUGCUCUUCAAUGUAAAGACUCCCCACAUUGUCCAGACAUUUGAGUUGUCUGAGGAGAUCAAAUGUAUGCACUACGAUGCAGGGACACUGUAUGUGGGACUGAUGUCAGGUUCUGUGGAGGUGUUCGAGGUCAAGAACCAACGCCACAAAGACUCAUUCCAGUGUGCCUACCAGGCUAUACACUGUAUCUCCUCGGCCCGAGAGGGAGGCAGUAAACUCAUCUGCGUGUCUGCCCAGGACACCACAAUCUCCGUGUGUGAUGCUCGCAGCGGGCUGCCUGUCAGAAUACUCGGGGGACACAAAAAGACCUCCUUCUCUGUUAUGUCAUCUGAUCACUUUGUGUUCAGUGGGUCUGGAGACAGGACAGUCAUGAUGCAUAACCUACAUACUGGCAAGCUGGAGUGGACAUUCAAAGAACAUGGUGGCAUUGUGACGAGUGUGUGGGUUGAAGGAAACACCCUCUACUCAGCUGGUUAUGACAGAUUGGUCAGGUGCUUUGACAUUAAGAGCCACACUUUGAGAAAAAUGUACUAUGGAGCUGGCAAGGGUGUGAUAAUGAGUAUUGCUGUACAUGGUGAUGAGCUGUUCACAGGCAGCCGUGAGGGCCAUGUUGAGUGCAUUCAGAUGAAGGCAGAAAGUUGGCCCUGCAAGAUUGACAGCUGCCAGUAUGUGUUUGGUGUGAGGGAGCACCUGCUGCAUCACCUCCUCACAGACCAUGUUCUGCCCAACAACAAGCUGGCGCGCUGCAUGUGGAAGGACUGCACUGAUUGGCUCACACAGCAGAGAGAUGAUAGGUCAGUGGAAUCUCACAUGAGGAAACAUUUGGACAGUCUCAAUGGAAUCACAGUCUGAGUGUGAUGAAGAUGAAUGUGAUCUAACAUCAGUCUUUCAACAUGGAGAAUGUUUUGUCUUUGGCCAUGAAACUGUGGGUAGAGUAGCUGAAGAUGAAUUGAUAUCAGUGAUAUGAACAUGCAUGUUGUGAUGUACUCAUUCAGGAAGAAAAGGUACCGUCAACAUCCAAGGGAAGUUCUGCCGAAAUUCUGAGUUACUGACUGUGAAGGCCAUCUUCUGUACAGAUAUCUUAAGUGAAGUCCUAAAUGUCGGGGGAUAUCAAAUUGAAAUGUGGGUACAUUGUUUAAAUACAGGACUAUAUUGUGUGGGGUAAUAUUGGAGUUUACAGUUAGCUUGUUUAAAGUUACAGGAGCUUGACUAUUUUGUAUCUGCUCCAGUUACAUUAGAAAUUUCUUGAUGUUAUGCAUUUGUGAUUUGCAUAAUUGAAUGAAGCUCAAAUGAACAAAACUGUCCUACAAGUAUGAUUUCAUUUUCUUUUGAUGGGUACCAGUAAUACAAAGCUGUGUGCUACCUGGGUGUGAGAGAUUCUACAAUACUGAUACGGAUGUGUGAAAAAAUACCCUUGUGCAAAAAAUGCCUGAGAAGGAAUAAUUUGUUAUACUUUGGGAUUGUUACUUCACUGUGUUUGCUUUUGAAAUAAAGGUAAUCAUUUUCCUAUCCUAGGUCAGAGCACCAUGCACCUGCUUUUGGUUAAUCAGUUAAUUAUUUCACCAUGUCACAAUCUGUACACUAACAGUAUUCAAAAUCAAGUCAAAAUCAGGUCAAGAUAUCCUUGUUAUAUAUAGCUUAAAUGUUGAAAGAUUUAGAGGGUGUUUGGAUUCAAUUAUGUAAAGACAGCCCUUCCAGUUAAACCAGCAGAGAGCAACCAAGCUCUUAGUUAUGUACACACUUCUUUAAUAGUUCUGGUGAAAAAGUGGCGGGUUUUAAUCAAAACAAUGCACACUAAAUGAGGUCUGUGUCUUGUUUGUAAUUGUGUGGCUGUUACAUAUACAUAUUCCAGAGUUGGUUGCUCUCUGCUGGUUUGCAUUGGUAGGCCUGAAAGAGCAAACCUAAAUGACCCAAAGACACCUCCCUUAUUUCAAAAACUGCAGGACCUCCUAACACACAAUGCUUGUUAUUAGUUGAGUGAGGUCUCAUGCAGAAGGACUGAGUUAAUUUGUCCUUAGUUGUGGUUGCUAAAGAUUCUGUAUUCUGUCACUCUCAAAGUACAAUAACACAACUCCAGUACCACUGAAAGACUCAAUACUUCAGGGCUUUCAGUCUUGUGAAAUUAUUGUGCAGGACAUUGACUGAUGAAAGUUGAAUUCCAUUUAUGACUUUUAACAUUCAACUGUACAGUGAACCAUUGAACUUACAGCCCGUGUCUAAAAGCUCCUGUGAUAUCGAAUAUUGAAGAUCCAUUUUGAAUUGCUUUGACCAAGAUGUCUCUUGUGAUUAAAAGUACAGAUUUGAAGAAAAUGUGUACUUUCAUUGUAUAGAUACUUCACCUCAGUAUUGCAUGAAACAUGUCAAUAAAUGUGGGCCUGAUGUAACUCCUGAAAGAUGAAGCGUUGUGAUGUCUUCUGAUGAACUUACAAAUAUAAGUCAUCAACCAUAGACAAGACUUGUGCUAGAAUACUGUCUGGGAGCAAAUGAAUGUUUAGCUCACCUUACUGAAAGUCAAGUGAGCUUAUGUCAUGGCCUGCUUGUCCAUCAGCAUCUGUAAACGUCUUCUUGUCGGGAUCAACUCGACAAAUGAGGCCGACACUUCACAGGCUUGUUCCCACCAGUCUUGAUGCCUGAAUUUGCUCAAGAUUUUCAAUAUGGUCAUCACUACAGCUUUAUGAUAAAAACCUACUUAUAUCCACUGCUCAAAAUGUACUGUAAUGCUCUUAAAUUAUCUCAGAAUGCAUUUUUGGCUCUGUAAAGAUCUUCUAAUCGGAAGCUGGCACGUUCAAAUCAUUAGGAUUUUUGGGUCGGUUUUGGAGGGAAACAAUUGUAUGGCAUUAGAAAUAUAUUUCUCCUUAGAAGGUAUACAAAGCUCACUGUUGAGACUUUAUGUGAAGUAUAUUUAACUGUAGUACAUUAUUACUUUGCAAAAAUGUUAUACAAUGAUACAUUCAUUCCUUUAGGGAAUUAGAAAUAUUAUGAAAAUUUAUUUACUUGUUUCAUGUUUGUCUAUACAUGUAGAGUAUUUAUGUAGAAGAUAUUUGAAUAGCAGUUUUGACCGCAAUGUAUUUUUUAGAUGCAGUCCUUUUUUUGACAUUUUAAACUUUGACCUCAUAUCCUGGUGAGCUACAUUGCAGUGGCACUAUUUUAAUUUGUAUUUCACAUUUUUUAAGGAUGUGCCUAAGGGAUGAAAAGUUACACCCAAAUCACAAUAUAUUAACUGAUACUUAGUUAACAGUACGGGAAAUACCAGUAAACUAUUUCUGAGUGAACCUGCAAUUAUUUUCUAUUUCAUAUAGAAAAUACAAUAAUAAACAUCGUAGUGUUUUGUUCAGAUAACAGGACAGACGUAGCAACUGUCAAUUGAAGCAGCUAAAACAAGGAGUCAAUUCUCUUCCACUCUUCAGAUAAUGAAAUUUGACAGUCCCUGGAAUAUCAAGGUUACGGCGUCAUGUAGAAUAUUGAUGAAGUUGAAAUAAAUUGAUUUGAAUCUUGGUAUUGAAUGUCCAUUAAGGUACUCUAUUUACAUGACCUUUGAUUCCUGGAAAAAAUGCCUCAAAUGUUGUGUGCUCCAAGGGAUAAUAAACCAAGUGAUUGACCUCAAGUCAGCCCAUUUGUCUGAAUAGAGAAUCAAAAUAGAGCCUGAAACACCUUAGUCAGUUUAUUGACCUGUUGCCCAGUACCCUUAGUAGUCCUGUAAGGUUAUGUGCACUGUCCACAUUGUUCCACAUUGUGUACAGAGGUCACUGUCCUUGUUCCACAUUGUGUACAGAGGUCACUGUCCUUGUUCCACAUUGUGUACAGAGGUCACUGUCCUUGUUCCACAUUGUGUACUGAGGUCACUGUCCUUGUUCCACAUUGUGUACUGAGGUCACUGUCCUUGUUCCACAUUGUGUACAGAGGUCACUGUCCUUGUUCCACAUUGUGUACUGAGGUCACUGUCCUCGUUCCACAUUGUGUACUGAGGUCACUGACCUCGUUCCACAUUGUGUACAGAGGUCACUGUCCUCGUUCCACAUUGUGUACAGAGGUCACAGUCCUUGUUCCACAUUGUGUACAGAUGUCACAGUCCUUGUUCCACAUUGUGUACAGAGGUCACUGUAUUUGUUCAUGCUUGAGGAUCAGCAACAAAUGUUAAUUAAUCCAGCAACAAUUCAGCUGGUUUGUUAUUUUUUGUGUCUUGGUACAUAAAGUGUCUCAUAGUUUGUUUUGCAUUUAAAACUUUGCAUUUUUAUCAAGACUGUGAUAGUUUUAUGUAGAAGUAGUGCUACGGUAGUGUUGUGUUCAUGUGAAUAUUUUAUCUGUUUAAGCAAUCUGUUAGACAAUCAAAAGAAGGUGCUUUUCAAUAUAAUUUGUUGAACACUGCAGGUUUUAUUUGUGACAAGAACUUUUCUUUCUGUCUGUGAAAUAGGACAUUCCAUCUCAAAAUACCAUUAAACCUCAGAAACUCCUGCAACUGGCAUAUUGUUUUAAGUCAGUUACCUUAUGGUCCAGUGGAAUGCUUAUUGGCACGAUGUUGUAAAAUUGGCACUCUCCUUGUCUUGAACUACAGUUAUCUCACAUGUUUGACGGUCCUUGGACAAAGACUAAACAGGUGUCAAUGUACAGGAAAUCAUUUGUCAUGACACCAUCAGCUACUAACCAGGGUUUUGAGAUCGACUCAUAGACAUGUUCAUUUUGAACCCUGCAGAUGGUUUUAUAACAUGGGUUUUCCCAUUUCAUUAUGAGAGCCACAUAUCACAAUGUGUGUAAUCAGCUCAGCUGACAACUCUUUUACCUUCAUCCCUAAGUGUUGCAGUUAUGAGGUUCAAUGUUAAUUUGCACAUAUUACUUUUGUUCCAAAUUUUAGACUUGUCCAGUGUUGUAACUGUGAAUAUUUACAGUUUGGUCUAUACUGUAGUCUGUUUUAUGCCUGGACACAUGACAGAUGGAAGUAAACAUCCUCAUGAUCAAAGUAGCUCCUUUUGUAUCUCAUGAUGUAUAUACAGUUGUAAAUAUGACAAUAAAACAUGAUACACA